AAAAGAAAAAUCCUUAAUUUAGCGGGAAAAAAUUCAACUAAAAGACGACAUUGCAUAGGGUUGUGCUGUUGUUUCCGCCGUCGCCGUGUUCCUCCCGAUUCAACUCUCACACGCGGCCAAGAAAUAUAUUUCGUAUUUUCGUCCUUCGACCGACGACGAGCCAUCUCUUCCCAUCGCGCCGCCGCUUACCACCGGCGACCUUCCCCUCCCCUCUCUGACCUAGACCCAAGUGACAUUCUCCUAUCUCCUAUGUCCGAUUCUCUGAUUCAAGGUUAAUUUGUUGAAGUGUGUGGGUAGGAUAUGAUCCAUGGUUCUUGCAUCACAGCUUUGAAGUCAUUUUCCAGAGCACUAGUAUUGCAGAAUCCAUUGGAAUUUCAAGUGAAGGCAUUCUCCAAGUGUUCUCCUAGGCAGAUAAGAAUGCAAGCUAAUCUUAGUUGUAGCAAAGAUGACAACAACAAGGAGUCUAGAGGUGCCUUGGUUGUCCUAGAAGGUUUGGACCGUUCUGGGAAAUCUUCUCAGUGUAGCAGACUAGUAUCCUACUUAGAGGGACAAGGGCUCUCUGCUGAACUAUGGAGAUUUCCUGAUAGAACUACAAAUGUUGGCCAAAUGAUAUCUGCUUAUCUCUCAAACGCAUCUCAGUUGGAUGAUCAUACUAUUCAUCUUCUCUUCAGUGCUAAUCGUUGGGAAAAGAGGUCAUUGAUGGAAACAAAAUUGAAAAGUGGAAUAACCCUCAUUGUUGACCGUUAUUCUUAUUCUGGAGUUGCUUUCUCAUCUGCUAAGGGACUAGAUAUUGAAUGGUGUAAGGCCCCGGAAAUUGGAUUGCUUGCUCCAGAUCUUGUAGCAUACCUUGACAUCUCACCAGAUAAAGCUGCAGAAAGAGGAGGGUAUGGUGAUGAAAGAUAUGAAAAGCUCGAGUUUCAGAAGAAAGUUGCUGAACAUUACAAAGUCCUUCAUGAUGCCUCCUGGAAGGUUGUAGAUGCUUGCCAAACCAUAGAAGAUGUGGAGAAACAGUUGCAAGAGAUUGUACUUUCUUGUGUCACAGAAUGCCAAAAGGGGAAGGCCCUCUCAUCCCUGUGGUCAACAUAGACACACACUCUUGAAAGGGAUGUCAUGAAUGAACAAAUACUGAGUAUGCUGUAUAAAUUCUGCACACUGAACCCCGUUUAUGAACAAUUCUGGUUCAUUCAUUCACACAUCACAAUUUGUUUGCUAAGUAAUUUGAAGACAUAUUGGAGAGUUUUUAAUAUGCUCAAGUUGUCAGAAAUGUAUAAUUCCUAAUUCAAAAAUGUCGCAGCUUUAUCUACCCGGAUGAGGUGCUAGUUAUUAUAUCUUGUGCCUAAAUUUUACCAAGACUUGCAUUGGGACUGCCUCAAGAGUGUUUCAUUUCUGUGUUAUCACUAUAAGAGGAUAUUAUGGGAAAAAGCUGGACUGGUCCGAAGAUUAUUUAUUAAUCAAUCAAAUGUUACCUCUGUAGGCUAUGUUUAUGUGCCUUGAAAACCACUUGUUCAUUAAUUAAAUUUUAUGUUGUUAAUGUCA